UUUGCUUCAUCUGCUUCCGGGUCAGCCCUAAUUCCAGGAAGUCGUCGGUUUGUUUUCAAGUUGACGUUUGUUUCGAGCGGCUCCAAAUUCAAAACAUUCUCUCAAGCGUCGGGAGACAACAACAUGGCGAGCACCAUCAGCACGCAGCGGGGAGAAGUGUACGUGGGCGAGCUCCCCCAGGACUUCCUGCGCAUCACGCCGACCCACCCUCAUCACCAUCAUCAGAUUCAGUUGGACGCGCAGGCCGCACGACAGCUGCAGUACGGCGGCGCCAUCGGAACCGUGGGACGACUUAGCAUCACCGUGGUGCAGGCCAAGCUGGCCAAGAACUACGGCAUGACCCGCAUGGACCCGUACUGCCGCGUGCGUCUGGGCUACGCCGUCUACGAGACGCCCACGGCGCACAACGGAGCCAAAAACCCCAGAUGGAACAAGGUCAUCCAGUGCACGCUGCCCCCUGCCGUCGACUCCUUCUACCUGGAGAUCUUUGAUGAGCGAGCCUUCUCUAUGGACGACCGCAUCGCGUGGACCCACGUGAGCAUCCCCGAGGGCGUGCGGGAGGGCGGCACAGCUGACGAGUGGUUCACGCUCAGCGGCCGCCAGGGCGACGACAAGGAAGGCAUGAUCAACCUGGUCAUGUCCUUCUCGUCCUUCCCGGCGGGGAUGAUGACUACGCAGCCCGUGGUGCUCAUGCCCUCCGUGUAUCAGCAAGGCGUGGGCUACGUGCCCAUCGCAGGCGCGCCGCCCGUCUUCAACCCGCAGGGCGGCGGCCCGGCGCCGCUGUCGGUGGCAACGGCGGCGCCGGGCGUCGCGGCGGCGUGCGCCGAGGAGGACCUGAAGGCCCUGCAGGACAUGUUCCCCAACCUGGAGCGGGACGUGGUGCGCACCGUCCUGGAGGCGCAGCAAGGCGACAAAGACGCCGCCAUCAACUCGCUGCUGCAGAUGGCCGAGGAGCUGUGACGCCGCCCGCCUGCCCAAGCCCG